CAAUACACUUGCUAAUUUUACUUGUCGACAUAUUUCUCUGGUUUUUUGACUGGAGAAAGAAUUUUAUACUACUACCUAUGGAUAUUUUUCAUUUUUAUAUCAGUUAACUCGUAGUCAAUAAUGAAUGGUGGAAAUUCGGAAUGUUGUAACGGCCCUACAAACCGGAAAAAAAUGCCACAAGAUAUUCUCCUUCCAAGUCUGUCCCCUGGAUAUUACCAACAUGUAGGCAGAAAUCCGAACACAAACUCUUCGGUUCGAGCUUGGGAGUAUAGGCUGAAAAAAGAAGAUGACUACAAAUUACAAGAGGCCAUGGGUGUGAAUGCUUAUCUCAGAGAUGCUAUCAUGGUCCAGUACGACAAACAUACCGAGAAGAAGCAGCUUCAAAGACAGAUCCGGGACAGGGUACAACAAAAACUCCAAGCUUAUGAGGAUACCAUCGAAAAGAGAAGAGAAAAGUUGAAGGAGCUUCUCUGCAAUGAAGAGAGAAAAUUCUACUCCGAAGUUAUAGAAAUAGCACAAAAAGGCGACGAAAUGAAAAUGGAGGAAAUGAAGAAACGCGCACAAAUCCUUAAAGCACGGCGAGAAGAAGAUAGGUUGAAAAUCGUCCACCAGAAGAGAAUAGAUCAAUACAGAGAUCGAUGUCAAGAGCUGAGGCCAUCACUGAUGAAAAAGCACAUCAUCGAAACCAAGAACGCCCAGUUUCAACAAAUAAGAGAGAACGAGGCCCGACGGGAAGCUGAUAGAGAACUAGAUAGGAUGUGGAAUGAUUUGAAUGCCAAAGAAAUGAGAGCAAAGAUGGAGCGGGAAGAACAAGAUAUCAUUAAUCAGAAGAAUAGACAAUUGGAUCUUCUCAAUGUUUGGCAGAAGCAAAUCAAAGGGAAAGAACUACUCAAGGCUGAGAUUCAAAAAGUAGCACAAGAAGACAAAAUAGAAAUGGAUAAUUUGAGAGAUGAAUUGCGAAGAGAAGAAAUAGAAGCAUUAGAUGCAAAAAUAAGAAAAAGGAACGAAAGAGCGAAAGAACUCAUGGAACAAAUUGCCUCCCAAGAACAAUUAUUAGCGAAGAGGAAGCUGGAAGAAGAUACUCUCGAUCAAGCUUUCAACCAACUAGCAGAACUUGAGAUACAACGAGAAAAGCAAGCGAUUAAAGAUUUCACGACACAAGCGAAACGAGAGACAGCCAUGUAUAAGAAACAUCUGAAAGAACUUGAGGAAGAGAGGAAGAAAGAAGAAAAGGAAUUGGACAUGUUAUUGGAAACGUAUAGGAAGGAGAUUGAGGGAAAACAGGAUGAAGCAAAGUGCAAGAUAUUGGAAGCUAAGAAAAAACUGCAAAGGAACGUUAUGGAAGGAAGAGCAGAACAAUUAGCGCACAAACGCCAACAAGCUGAGAACCAGCUGAAGCUGAAACAAGCUGAAAACGAGUUACUGCGCAUGGCAUUCGACAAGAACGAACGAUUGCAAGCUGAAAGCGAUCGUCUAGAAGCUGAAGCUGUUAGACAGUACAGAGACGAUCUCAAACAGCAGAUUGAAUACAGCAAUUUGUUGAGGGAGAGAGAGAAGCAGGAGUUGAAGCGUCAAUUAGAAGAAGGAAGAAAGGAAGAAGAAAUGUACCAGAAAAUUGUUGAGGAAAUGGUUAAAGGAAAUGUUGAAAGUGAUGCGAAACAUCCAUUCAGAAAAGUAUUGGAGAAUUACGAUUGUCGAUGCACUUUCAAGUCACCAUUUUGAAUCUGAAUAAAAAGCAAAAUCAAUACUCAUAAUGUUCC